GCAGUACCUCCAAACGGCCUCACAACCGCAGACCAAAUCUAAACACAUCAGCACAGGACCUCCACAUCCGGCUUCUAAGCCUGCAGGAUCGUCUGAGACCAGCCACCCUGACCACUGAGAAAUACUCCUCUGUUCCAUUGGUUAGGUGCUCCCUCCUGCCUGCGUGGAUCCUUUGCCUUCUAUAAGUCAGUGAGCUGUGAGGCCUUGGCCGGGGCCCCUGCACUGGUCUGGAAACUGGGGGAGUUCUACUAUGUCCGCUGUGGCCCCCAAGAACCUGUGUGCAUUGCUGAGGUGACUUUACUUUGGGAGGACCUGACCCAACGCCAUCUACUGGCCAGCUCCAGACUCUACUUCCUCCCUGAGGAUACUCCCAUGGGCAGGACCAGAGAGCAUGGAGAGGAUGAGGUGUUGGCCGUCUCGAAGAAGAUAGUGGUGCGGGUGGAGGAUCUGGUGAGGUGGACCUGUCCUGAACCUCCAGGAUGGAAAGGAGGAAGCCAGAAGUCCAGCGAGACCAACAGUCAUCACAAACAUACCCCCAUCAUUACCAAUGGACCCCCAACAUCAAUCGAAGAGAAGGGUGAGCGUCUGGGGGUCAAGGUGCUCAGUUACCCCCAGUACUGCCGCUUCCGCUCCCUCCAGAGACGCAUUCAGGACGGGGUGGUGUUGGGGCUGCAGGAUCCCCAUCUGCUGGCCCUGGGGGGGAUCAGGGUGGCCCAACACAACACCCAGGUCCUCUACUGCAGGGACACCUUCAACCACCCCACCCUGGAUAGCAAUACCAGUGUCUGGACACAGCUGGGAUGCACCUCCCUCAGCUUGAAGGGGCGACCCCUCAAGAGAAGAGGAAGGCCAGAAGGCCAGAAAGCUGUGGAGCCACCAGCCCUCAACCAAUCAGAGUCCUGGAUAGAAAGAAUAACGGAAAAUGUGGUGGGCAGUGUGGAGAUGCAACGUGAGGAGGGCUGUCUCCCCCACCCUGAGGAGCAGAUGUUCCUGAAUCAACUCUACUGCUACAUGGAGCGCUGCGGCUCACCCAUCAGCAAGGUGCCCAACCUCGGCUUCAAGAAGAUUGACUUGUUUGUCAUGUACUCUAUAGUCAAACAGUUGGGGGGCCAUGAGAGGGUGACAUCCCAGCGUCUGUGGAAGAAAGUGUAUAAUGAACUAGGAGGAUGCCCGGGCAGCACCAGUGCUGCCACCUGCACCAGGAGGCACUAUGAGAGGCUGAUUCUUCCUUACGAGGAGCACAGAAAUGUAGGUGGUGCAGAAUUAAAACUCCCAGCUCCCAAACUCCCAAACUCCCAUUCCCGAGUUAGGGCGAUGAGUGGGAGGAGACCGCUGGUGAAGGGGAGAGGAUGCGAGGCCAACCAGGAGAAGACUGUAACCCCUACCCCUCCAACCAUUUCUCCAGACGGUGUGGUGGUAGUGAAGAGAGGCCGUGGUAGACCUCCAGGCAAAAAGAACCAGGUCAAACUCCUAGUCUCCAAGGCCAGUCCAGUGGUCCUGUCUCCCCCAGCUAAACCUAGCCUGGACCUCGGGGCCCAGCCCCCUCUCCAGGCCCCCUCUCUCGAGUCCCUGUCUGUGUUCCAGGGGCUAAACCUGGCCAACCUGCCACUAACCCCAGACCUGUCUCCCAUCUCUGCCCCCUUCCUCCUGCCCAAAACUGAAAGGGAGGUAAAGAUGGAGAACGGGGAUUCUCCAGCACCAUCACCCACUCUGUCUUCUGCCACUUUCUUGCCUGCUCUCCCCAGGCUCCACACAGGGGGGUCCUUCGAAGGGUUCAGCCCCACUAAAGGCCUCUGUACCCUUGAUCUCUUUAGGAGCCGACUGGGCCUCACUAGCCUGGACACCCCUGGUCUAACCCCCCAGAACCCUGCCUCCCACCAGUCCUCCAGCCUUUACCUCCAGGCCAAGACAGGGAACCCAAACACCACCCUUCUCAAUGGGAACCAGCCCCACCCACAGUCUCACCAUCCGUCCCACCACCAGUGCUGGGGGUGCAGGCUGGAUGAGGAAGCCCAGAGGGAGGGUAGCAGCAGCACCAGGGAGGUCCGUAGCAGCAGGCCUCCCCUGCCCCCACUCCGAGUCCUCCCCCUGGAUCUGGACUGCAGCCUGCAGGUGUGCCAGCUGAUGCGUACGCCUUUGGGCUCGGCUCAGCUCUACUCUAUCACCAAGCGGCUGUCGGAGGUCUUAGCCCAGGACCUGAGUAGCAAGCCACAUCUGUCUGUCACCCCUCCCCCAGAGCAGGCCCUGCCCCUCAACCUCAGCAAGUGCUCCACCACCAAAAGAUCUGCCUUUGAUGAAACUGACUACAGGAUGUCUUCAGGGGAUCAGGAUAAUGGUGACUCCACACUCCCCUUAGCUAAAAGUCGUAGAGUGGAGUCGUGUGAUGAGGCUGAGGACUUGAGCUCACCCAGCAGGGCCAGAGCUUUCCUCAUGGAGCUGCCGCAGCAGACCACUACCAGCCCAGACACCUCUACUACACCUAAUCAGUUUUUCCUCACCAAGUCUGGGGAGGCCUGGGGAGACACCCCCCUGGAGAACCAGGGCAGGAAUUCUGACUCUGAGCCAGCAAUCCAGGUGAAGGUGGAAGAGGACCUGAGGGAGAGCAGCUUGGUGGAGCCUGAGGGAGACUGCUCUGUAAGAACAAAGCAGGCGAAAGUAGAAGAGGGAGAAACUGUAAAGAUGGAUAGGGAAGAAGAGAAGAUUGACGAGGUUGAAACCGUUAUCAUUGAGGAUGGUGUACAAACGCAAUUAGAGAAAGAUGAGAUGGAGGGGAGGAAACUAGAGAGGAUAGAAAAACAGUGUAAUACCAUAAAGAUGGGUGGUGGCAUAUCAGAGAUUAUGAAGGGGACUGAGGAUUCCUUAGCCCACUCUGCCAGUGACUCUGGGGUCCAGCAGGUGCCAAUGGAUGAUGAGGAGAUGGAAUGUGAUGUUGAGGCAUCUAUCAAAGGGCUGCCCAGUCCUAUCCUACCCCCAACCCAGGCCCAGCCAAGCUGCCUGAACACCUGCACACAACCUCAACUGCACAUAACAUACUCAUUACCAACACCAACAAUCACUACACCACUCUACCUUAUGGGAGGAUACUCUCAAACACACAAUCAAAGAUGAAUCCUAUAAACUCUGUAACGACUCACACACAGACUUUGAAACACUGCCGUUGCCUUUAGAUGACACCAUUAUAUUGUUCUGUAUAGUACUAUGCAUCAUACAACUUUCGUGCUUCCAACUUUAUUGCACAAAAAUUAGAGUGCAGAGGUUUUUACAACAAUCCACCAAUUUCCUGAAAAGGAUUGGAUAAAAGAUGUGCCUUAAAGCUGUUGUGCUCUGAUUUCUUGUCAUUCACACAGUACAACAGCCAGGGGUGUAUUCAUUGCCAAAUGGGACGAAAUGGGAAGGGACCCAUCUGAAUUUGUACAAUAGAAACUAGUUGUCAUUGCAAACCAUUUUUCCAUUGUGAAAUGCUUUGCUACAAUGUGCACUAAUGAAUACACCCCAUGAAACAGUGUUUGAGUCCUAUAUGUACUUCCUGUUUGCAAGUCUUUAACACUGACAGGAUUUGCACACCUACUGUACUUGUUCCUUUUUUUUCUUUCUUUUAUGAGGCAGUCAGCUGUUGGGCCCACCCUGCAACCUCAUAGGAGAACACUGGGCAGGCCUAUUGCUAGCUGUCACAUUGCUAACGGGCUGGCCCACUAGAGACUUUUUGGCUAAUUGAGGUAAAACAGUAAUUCUGCUCAUAAAUGAUGCAUGUAUGAACUACACAUUGACACAUCCAUCCCAAAGCGGGAGGAUUACAAAAUAAUUUCUUAGUUGCCAAAGUACCAGAGAAUGUCUUUAAACUAUUGUUAGAAAAAGAAGAAAUAGCAUAUGGAAUUGAUUUCCAGUUGACUCCGAUCUACUGUCUCUUAUAUCCCCCCCUUUAUUACUUGAACAACUGCUACAGAGUUAAUGUCAUGUAGUUAUAUCUCUAUUUAAACCUGUGUAUCAGUUGAGCUCAUCUUGCUCAUGGCAGACAUCUGUCUCUGGUAUUCCUUUCACUGUAUGUGAGAGUAAGACCAGUGCACAUCUUGACUCCUGUACUCUGACAAUUGAUAAUAUGGUAAUUUCAACCAUUUUUGUUUUAACACUGUAUAUUUAUAUUAAAGAUGUAUCUGUUAACAGGUGGGGGUUGCAGAUUUUUGUAUGAGUGUAUAUGUUUUUUAGGGGUGUUUUUUUUUAAAUUUCAGACACCAAUUAAGUCUAAUCCUGUACUAAAAUCUGUUUCUUGGAGAUUUUCCAUUGAUCUUGUGUUUUAGUCCAGGACUAGGUUUAAUCUAUCUGGGAACCACCCCUACUGUAUGAAAAUGUGUCAGUCUCUUUCACGAGGCAUGAUGUAUAGAGACCCGCAGUUUCCUAAAAUGACUACUAGAUGGAGACAACACCAGCACUGUCCUAUGACAGGCCUGGCGAGGCAUUCUACAGCCCUAAAGGGGAGGGAGGAUACUCUACGCUAGCCUACAGAAGAAGUAAGGGCUGAGUUUGCUUCAGAUCUAAACAGAUCAGUAAAGAUACAUUCCAUCAUUUAACAGCCCAGAGAUCUUGAAUAGAUAUGAGCUUCAGUGGGCCAUGCACUUGGGCAUGUGUCAAAAUGCCGACCUUCAGCUAUAAUUUGACAAAGUGUAAUGGUAACUGCUAGGCCUACAUGUGUCAGGAAUCACAUUUACUGAGACCUUCCAGAAAAAUGGAUGUGUGUUUGGGGGACAAGCCAAUCUUAUUAAACAUAUCAAAUGUG